UCUACCGAUGUAUUUUCUUCACAGUUUUCAUUGGAGACAUUGAAAUAGCAUGACAUCGUACGUAGUCACUAUUGCCAUUGUGACAUUUCUUUUCUUCAAUGUCGUCAAUACUCAAGAAGAUGAUGGAAGACGUCCUGAAAAUGGAGGGAGACGUCGAGGUAAAGGACCGUGGAUGAUUUGUUGUAAAGAAGCGAAAGAAGCAGGAGAAACCGGAAAUUUUAAAGACGCUUACAUGGAUUGUUUUAUAAAGAUGAAUGAAAGAUGCGGAAUAACUAGAGAAGAAAUAGAAGAUGUACUUUCUAAGUCGGAGGAGCUUGCUUCUGGUAACUGCCCAAAACCUGAAGAUCUACGUCCAAUAUUUAAAAAAUGCCACGGAAUCCACUACUAA